GUUGCGAAUCAGUUUAAAUUGUUAAUGGGAGAAAAGUCGGAAUUUUUUUCCCGAGUUCUUUUCCGUUAUACAUUUUUAAACUGAUUUCGCAACUUUGCGAAUUAGUAUUCAUCGAGAAAUUUACUUUUUUAAAUUUUUUGUACGUUAUUUUUACAUAAUUUAAAAGGAUUGAAAAGAAAGUAUCUAAAAUGUUUCAAGUAUGGUGUAUUUUGGUAAUAUGUGCUAUAGCAUGGGCUGCACCGAUUGAACCUGAAUUAGACGAUAAAUGGCAAAUUUAUAAGACUCUUUACAACAAAACAUAUUUAUCAGACAUGGAUGAAGAAGAAAGACGAAUAAUCUGGGAGGAAAAUGUCAAACUUGUACAAAGACAUAACUUAGAAGCUGAUUUAAGAGAACAUGAUUUCAGACUUGGAAUAAAUCAUCUUUCUGAUUCCGGUCUAGAAGAAUACAUGGGUAUUAAUGGAUUGAUACUAAUUCCUAGCGUACAAACUUUUUUCGAAACUAUUAAAAGAGCAGAAGAAAGGGAAAAAGAAAGAAAAGUCGAAAAGGAAGAAGAAAACGAAAAUUAUCCAAAACAUGUUGACUGGAGGGAAAAAGGCUAUGUAACGCCUGUACAAAAUCAAGGUUUCUGUGGUGCAUGCUGGGCUUUUUCAGCUGUUGGAUCAUUAGAAGCUCAAUAUAAGAAAAAAACUGGAAAAUUGGUUCCACUUAGUUCCCAAAAUCUUGUUGAUUGUUCAAAGACUACAGGUAAUCUAGGCUGUAGAGGGGGUGGCAUCGACUCAUCUUUUCUCUAUAUAAGGAGAAAUCGUGGUAUAGACACUGAAGAAUCAUAUCCUUAUAGUGGUAAAGAAGGUGAGUGCCGAUUCAAAAGAAAUAAUAUUGGAGCUAAGCUUAAAGGCUGGGUGGAUGUUAAGCAAUUUAAUGAAAAAGCACUUAUGAAAGCUGUAGCCACUGUCGGUCCAGUUUCCGUUGGAAUAAAUUCUGAAGGUUAUGGAUUUAAACAUUACAGAAGUGGAGUAUAUGAUGUUCCCAGUUGCAAUUCUUAUAUGAUAAAUCAUGGUGUCUUAGUCGUUGGUUAUGGAACAACUGAAAGUGGAACAGAUUAUUGGAUUGUAAAAAAUAGUUGGGGUCCUACAUGGGGAGAAGGAGGCUAUGUAAGAAUGAGGAGAAAUAAAAACAAUCAAUGUGGAAUUGCAUCUUUAGCAAGCUAUCCUGUUGUUUGAAGUCAAAUCUAAAUUUAAUCCUGUUAUGAGCUUAUGAAUUCUUUAUUACAUCAUUUCAGAUUUAAUAAGCGUUCGCAAUUUUCGUACAAUUUUUGUAUACAUUUAUUACACUUCUCAGAGACUUUUGUUUUUAAUGCAAGAAUUUCAUUUUUAUAUUAUUAUUUUAAUUUAUUUCAUUACAUUGUGAUUGUUUAAUAAUCAUCGAAUAUUUGUCUAGAUGUUUUUGUAAAUACCAUAUGCAAUAAAAAGUAUUUCGUUUUUUUUA